AUGGAUUUCAAUCUAGGACAGGAUUCAGAAACUGAUAGUAAGGAGUUUUAUGAUAGAGCAAAAGCAUUGAAAGCCUUUGAUGACACAAAGGCUGGUGUGAAAGGAAUUGUUGAUGCUGGGAUUGCUACUCUUCCUCAAAUCUUUGUUAUGCCACCUGAAGACAUUUCAUCUAACAACUCAGAUGAUCACUCGGGCUGCCCCCAGUUCAAGGUACCAACUGUAGACCUUAAAAAUAUGGAUGAAGAUUGUUGGCAUCGAGAGAAGAUCGUUGACAAAAUCAGACAAUCUUGUGAGUCAUGGGGAUUCUUUAAAAUUAUAAACCAUGGGAUUCAGCAAGAUGUAAUGGAUGAAAUGAUUGAAGGAGUGAGAAGAUUCAAUGAGCAACAUCAGGAAGUGAAGAUGGAGUUCUACUCUCGUGACAAGAUGAAAAAGGUCCGGUUCAAUAGCAACUUUGAUCUUUACAAGGCAAAAUCUGCGAAUUGGAGGGACACUUUAAUGUGUCUCAUGGCUCCCAAUCCACCACAGCAUGAAGAAUAUCCAGCAGCCUGCAGAGAUAUAAUGAUGCAAUACUCUAAGGAGCUUAACAAGUUAGGGGACACUCUGUUUCGGUUGAUAUCGCAGGCACUUGAUCUGGAUCCUAAUCACCUUCAAGAUAUGGAAUGUGCCAAAGGGCAUGUCUUUUUCUGCCACUACUAUCCAGCAUGCCCUGAUGCAGAUAGGACCUUAGGACAUGCCAAGCACACAGAUCCAGCUUUUCUCACUAUACUUCUACAAGAUCAAAUCGGUGGACUUCAAGUUCUACACCAAAAUCAUUGGAUUGACAUUCCCCCAGAAAAGGGAACACUUGUGAUCAAUGUUGGAGAUCUCUUACAACUAAUCUCUAAUGAUAAGUUCAAAAGUGUUGAGCAUAGAGUGCUGGCAAAUUCCACUGGUCCUAGAAUCUCUGUUGCUUACUUCUUCACAACACAUUUUGAAGAAACCCAAAAAUUUUAUGGUCCUAUCAAGGAGUUGCUAACCGAUGAAAGUCCACCAUUGUACAAGGAGACCACCAUAAAGAACUACAUCGAUUCUUUCCACUCAGCAGGACUUGGUGGAAUUUCUGCACUUGCUCAACAGUGGCUGUCACAGAACGAGAAAGAUUUUUAA